AUGUCUCAAGCGACCUCUUUUACCAAUGAAAGCUCGAUACCUGAGGAAAAGAAGCGGAACUGGAAGGCGAGGAUUCUUUCGUCCGUGAUUGGCGGAGGGGCCGCAAUCUUGGGUGGCGCUGCCGUGGCAGCUCUCAUGGAAUCGGAGGAAAUCAGUUUCAUGACCUGCGUAACAGUUGCUGGAGUAUUUUGGGGCAUCGGCACAAAGGUAGCUGGCAACGUGCUUGGCUCGGAGAAGAUGACUUUCAUCCUCCACCAGCACCUAAUCCAGCAGUCCUACCGAAAAACUAUCGAACAGAAUAUCGGGACCAUGCUGGAGAACGUUGUUACUAGCAUCCGCACAAACAGCCCCUUCGAGUUGCGGAAAAGAGUCUAUUUCGAUGUUGAUGAUAUGCUUCGUUUCGAUACGCACGAGAAGCGCCGCAUGUUCUUUGAUUUCUCCUGCAAAGUGAUCCCUCCACCAGGGACAUCACCACAACCUUUGGAUCAGGGCAACCCGGCAGCCGAAUUACCCAGUUACAAACCCGAAAGCACCCAGACGGUAGUGACUGAGACGAAGAGCCUUGCCGACGGUAUUCGUCAUGGUUUCCAAGAAGGCGCACUCCUCGGCCUUGCUGGCGGAGCUUUAGCCAGCUUGCUAUUUCUUGUCUUUGGAGGAACCGGCGUCGUCUUAGGCGUAUUCGCUGCAAUAGUGCUCGUUAGCCGAAUCACCCAUUCCGCGAUCCCAUCGGCGUCACCCGACAGAACCGCGCUCAUCACAGAGUUUUGUGGAGAAACAAGGUCCCAGAUGAUGAGUCUGGUGGACUGUGCAGUCAACAACAACGUUGGACUGGAAAUCGACAUGCAGGUUUGGUCUACGGCAAUCAAUCCGGGGUCUGCGCAUCCGAAAAAAGGGGCGUCCAAGAUUAUUUUACAAUUUAACAGAACUGUUUCCAAGAAGGUUGAUAGGGAUGGACAGGAUGGCAGCUUUAUAAUAUGGCGGAUGGGUGGAUGUGAGGGUGCCGGGGUAGAUGCUGAGGGUACAUAUACUGAAGCUGGUGAAGCUGCUGGAGUCGUCAAGCAUCAUUAA